CGUCGCGGUUCCUUUCUCUCCAUGCUUAUCCUCCCACCCGGAGCUUACCUGGAACCUGGAGAACUAGGAACCCGACAGUCGACCGUCUGCUUCGACUCAGGUCAGCAAAAGAGUGCGAGCAGCUAGAUCAAGACUAUGGAGGCGAUCAAGAAGAAGAUGCAGGCCAUGAAGGUGGAGAAGGACAACGCUUGUGACAGAUGCGAUGCCUGUGAGGAGGCCAGCAAAGUUGCGAAGCUCAGGGCAGAGAAGGCAGAGGAGGAGGUACUUGAGCUCAUGAACAAAGCUAGACAGCUUGAGACUGAGCUUGAUGUUACUGCUGAGCGUCUCUCCCUGAUCACCCUCCAACUGGAAGAGAAGGAGAAGUCCCUGAUGGCCGCUGAGGCUGAGGUAAAUGCCCUCAACAGACGAGUCCAGGGACUAGAGGAAGAUCUCGAGAAGACUGAAGAGAAACUCCUGAUCGCCAACCAGAAGCUGGACAAGGCUGCAACCGCAGCUGAUGACUCCGAACGUAUGAAGAAGGUUCUUCAGAAUAAGGCCGAAGAGGAUGAGAAGAGAAUGGCACAACUUGAAGAACAGCUGAAGGAUGCCAGAAACCAGGCCGAGGAAGCUGAUAGAAAGUACGAGGAGGUUGCCAAGAAGCUCCAGCAAUGUGAGACAGAUCUCGAAAGGGCUGAGGAGAGAGCAGAGACCGGAGAGACCAAGAUUAUGGAGCUGGAGGAGGAGUUGAGAGUUGUUGCCAACAACUUGAAGUCCCUGGAGGUUGCUGAGGAGAAGGCAAACCAGAGAGAACAGUCCUACAAGGAACAGAUCAAGACUCUGACCGCUAGACUGAAGCAGGCUGAGGCUAGAGCCGAGUUUGCUGAGAAGUCCGUACAAAAGCUGCAGAAGGAGGUUGACAGACUAGAAGAUGAGCUUGUCGGAGAGCAGGAGAAGUUCAAGGCAAUCACUGAGGAGCUCGAGCAGACCUUUGCCGAGAUGUCCGGAUACUAAAUUUUAUCGUUUUUACAUUCCCGUAUUUUCUCCGUCUAUUUUCGGAGAUUUCUGGGAAUUUCUUUUAGAAUUCAUUGCAUUUCAUUUUCUAUCUUAGUCGUAUAAAGCCACAAGAAUUGCACAAAGUUGUACUUUUUAUAUUUAAUCUAUCUUUUCUAUUUGAAAUGUGCGAUUGUUCAGUAUUGUGAUAACAGCGCAAUAUGCGCCCUCCUCUUACAUUGUAAUAAAUAUUCAUGACCAUU